UGGAGAUUUCACCUUAUUUCCAGAACAAGAUAAAGAAGCUUUGGAUUGGAAGAAGCUGGUUCGUAUUAGUAAGGAUUGUUUCGAUAAGCGUUAUAAUAUUUUUUUCAAAAAUAGAGAGAAUACUUCUUCCAGGGCAAAGUUAUUAUAUAGUGAAUUAAGAAAAUUUCCCGUCUUAGGAAUCCAGGUAAUAGGAGAAUGUAUAUUUGUUUCUAUGUUAGAUUUAUUUGAAGGUGUUUUUUAUCAGGUUUAUCAAACUUGCGAGAUUACUAUACCUUUACGAAUUUUCACGCGUCAGGUUGUUGAGGAAUUUUUAAGCGGUAGUCUCAAAUUAAGGGCUAUAGUUGAAGAGAUUGUUGGAAUGUCAGUAAGUAUAAAGGAUGAGAUCAAUCUUCUACCAACAUGUGGAGAGCAAACCCCAUCAACAUCAAUGAUGUUGACAACAUAUUCUCCACCGAGAAAUUCUUAA